GUCUUUUGAAGGCUGAUUACUUACUCGUCAGUUGUUGAAAUGAUUUAUCCAAUUGUUUUGUGUAUAAUGUGUCAUUUGGGAAGCGCCUAAAUCAAAGGCGUUGUGAAAACACUCGGAAUUAUACAUUUUUAUAUCGAUAUCUAAUCUAUAUACAUCUUCUUUAUUUGGUAAGAAUCAAAAUCAAAAGAAGCGGAAGUAGUAAUGUCGUCUACACCUAUUUCGGAAGUUAAUCCAUUGGACAAUGCUAUUGAAACAUUGAACAAAGAUAGUAAUCCUAGUGAAUUUCAUGACAAAUCAUUAAUUAUUGAAUAUCCUGGUUAUCGUAUGUUAAUAAUAGAUACUGGAUUAUUAGAAAAGCAUAAACAACCGGAUGUUUUAUCUACGAUCGAUAUUAUUGUUGUGUUACAAUGGAAUUCAAGAAUUCAAACAACACUGGACAUUUUAUUCACCGAAGUGAUUCAAGCAGAUUUUCAGUUUAAAAGCUUCACUUGUUUAAUUCUCCCAAAUAUCAUCGAUUCACUAAAUCCUAUCAGAAUGAAUUCAACUUUAAAUAAGCCAUCCAGAUACUGUAUAACAAAAGAUGAUGAGAAAAAGUACCCAAUGAUGAAGUGGUUACGAUUAGCUUUGAAAUAUGGUUUAACUGUCCUACAGAUAUGCGGCAGUAAUAACAAAUUCUGGACAAGAUUUCAUUGUUCACAGCCUACAUCUAGUGUAACAAAUUCAUCACUAUCCAAUUCCAUGGAUGAGAAAAUAUACCUAACAGUGUUUAAUAAUCAUUUACAGAAAACAAAUCUUACUACUGGAGUACAAAAAAGUAGUUUAUUAUUAUUCGAGAAAUUUGGUCUGGGGAAGUUGAAAAUGAUGCCAAUUCCUAGUGGUAGUGUUGGUGACUCAGGAUUAUCUUAUAGUUUGUUACUUGUAUGGCUGCCUUAUGAAUGUGAAAACUCCAUCCCCAAUGAUACAAAACGUACCAGUGCUAAAGUCUUUUUCUAUCCAGUAACAUUAGAAAUGAAGCUGAAUACUGUAGAUGAACAGAAAUCACAAGUUGAAGAAUCAAAGGUGAACAGAGAUGCAGUACUGGCUACAAGAUCCUUAAUGCAACAAUUAAUACGAUACAAUUCUAAUACAAAUUGUCCUAUUUAUCGAAAACGUCAAUUUAAUCGUGAUACGAACAGUUCAAGUACGAUUACACGAUCAAAAACGUUCACCUCAGGCUUAAAUCCUCUACCACGUGUGAAGUGUUCAAAUGGAGGACAUUCAGUGAUCAAUCCAAUUUUAAGGAAGAGUUUUGAACAGAAGAACGAAGACGAUUCAAUCAGGUCGCCUGUAAAUAAUGAUAAAAAAGACGAUACAGGAAGCAAACAAGUCACAUCUCAUAAAACGGUUAAAUUUGGGCCUAUCGAAGAGUGUCAUUAUCAAGGCAAUAAAAAAAUAACAACAAAGAUAUUGACGAGUGAAAAGUGUGUAGAGACGACAACAACGUCAUCGAUAACUGAUAAUACUUCUACAAAUUUAGAUAUCUCUGAAAAUUCCAAUUCUACACAGAACAGUCCAGUCAAUCCAGAGGUAAUAGUUAAAUCAAAUGAAGAUCCGGAAGAGAAAAAGGAGAUUCUACUGACCAAGUCAACCUCAUUUCCUAAUCAACUGGUUCAGCAUACAUUCACGGAUCAAAAUAGAUCAUCGUCAUCGUCAGCAUUAAGCGAUCAAUGUUCAGACGAUCAAUAUUGUUGUCAUUAUUAUUAUUACUGCAAUGAUCAUCAUCAAAAUUAUGACCAAUUUCCUCCAUUAUCAGCUACUGUUCUAUUGGCCAUUCCUGAAAUUGGUGAAAAUGACUAUUAUGCCGAUUCACCACAAUGUCUGACUGUAAAAGAAUUGAAAGAAUUAGGUGUGUACACUAGUGAAGAAGACGAUGAUGAUGAUGGUGAUGAAGGAGAUGAAGACGGUGUCGAUGGUGUCGACGGCGACAACAACAACAAUGAUGAUGAUGAAGAUGUUGGCGGUAAAAGUAAGGAAGUGUUACAAAGUAUUAGAGAACAAAGAGAAUAUAGAUUAGACAGCGAUGAAAGAAUAAGAAGUUCUAGUCCCACGUAUAUUCAUGGAACAGAUAUCGUUGUUGUUUCGCAUACACCAUCAACGACAUCAGAAUUCAAUGAAAUUCAUGCCUCACAUCAUCAUCAUCAUGAAGAAGUUAUGAUUUAGCAGUCAACUCCAUCAUUGGAUGUUUUCCUUUUUUUUAGAAAUCUUCCGAGCACAUCACAUAUUCUAGAUUGAAUGUAAUAUAUACAUAUUUUGAAGCAUUAUAUUCUUUCUUACUACUUUGCAGCAGCAAAUUAAGUAGUUUGGUAUUGUAUUCAGUAAAAAAAAUAAUAAAUCACUCAUUAUUUCUUUCUUUUGUAUAGUAAAGAUGAUUUAUAAAUAAAUUCGUUUUCGAAA